CGGCUCACUCAGUCUGCGACACACAGUUGAAGCUACAAGAUCGAUUCGGCGGACAGUUCGUAUCGAAGCCUAAGGCCCGCCUCCGUUUCCAAUUGCCCGGUGCAAUUCUCAGUGAAGUGAACGAUUUAUGGAAAUUCAUUGAUUGCAAUUCCAGCCGACAAGUGUGUGAAUUAAAAACAAACCACAGUCCCAGUUACCUGAACCUCAGCGCCAUGAAACCCAGCCGGAUCCACACAAUGCUGCCAAUUAUGAUGGUAAUCAUCGCCAGCUCGUGCUGCGUACACGGCCAGUCCUAUCUGCUCAGUUUGGAGAACGUCCUCAACGAGUCCUCCCACCAGCUGUCCUACAACCUUACCUCCGCGAACGGAACCACCGAGGUGGACUUGUUUCCCGACACCAUCCCGAACAACACCCGGAUAAUUGUCUACAAAAACACUCGCGUUGAAUCGCCCAACGAACUAUCCCAAACGGCGAUGGAUGUGAUCACGAUUGUGUGGUAUGUGGCCACCUUCUUGGCCCUGGCUGCCUUCUUCAUGCUGAUGGCCUGUUCGGAUCGUCGCUGUCGCGACAUGAGGCGUCGCCCCACCGGAAGUCAGCCCACCGAGGGUCUGAGGGCACCACCCACUCCCUCCCCUUCGUACAGUGAAUUUGCACCACCCAGCUACGAUACCGUUAUCAAGAUGCAGCAUGCGGCCAAAACGAGUGUGUUUGUGAUACCGUUCAGCAACAAGUCCGGCGAACUGGGUGCCCCCAACUCACCUCCGCCCGUGACAGCAAGUCCAUUGCCACCUGCUGUGACCUGCGACAUGAUCAUCGUCAACGAACUGCAGAAGUCGGCCGACUAACCGAUAAGCCAUCGGUGAAGACUCAGCCUUCGCCCCUCGACUCUGUGAUAUUUGCUGUUUAAUGGCAAUGGGCCAAGUAUUAGAUGUCGUAAGAUCCCACAAAAAAGACUGACAAUGAAAGAUAUCUGUAUGUGCAUAUACGCAUUCAAAUGCCAGUUCAACUGAAACUAGAUGAAUAAGUUAUUAUCUGUAAUAAAACAAAAAUGUUAUCGAA